AUGGAAACUGUGGAUGGUCUGACUGAUCGUUGCAAAAUUUACAACAAAAUGGUGCAAAUGCUGGAGAGCAAGAGCGUUCGAGAAACCGUUGGGCAACACUGGAAGGACUGGGUUUGCCAGAAAGAUACACGUUUGGCAAAUGCUCGCGAUUUGGCCAAAGAUCGUGGUUUGACGCGGGCCGAAGUGACCUUUUAUUGCAAGGACCGUGUUCCAAGUGACAACCUUAUGGAGGAUACUCUACUACGUAUUACAGAAUAUGUUCCACCUGCUAUUGUCUACUCCACACCAUUUGGAGAAACUUGGAGAGCUUACUGUGACUCCAUGUUGCAUAGCUUGGUCGUCAUAGACAGAACACGCGAUGUUGGAUUAAUAGUGUACACGUACAACGAGAUGACGAAGAACAUAAGCGGACAGUUUGUGGAAAGCUGGGCAGACAAGGAGAAGUGGUGUCUUGGUAAUCUAACCCUCGGUUCUACAUUACCUCUGGACGUCAUCGAAGUGUGCGAUCGAAGUAAAGCUAUGAGUACGAAAAGCAAAACGAAGACCUAUGAUGUACACGUAGACAUUUCCGGAGUACGGUAUUUUAAAAAUCGUAAAGAUGGAAAUGCAGACUUUACGACGAGACUCGUGUCCAAAGGUGGAGUUUACAGCUGGUACGAAGGGAGUAAAAAAGAUGAUGCACUACUAUUAGUCAAAGCUGGUUUAGUGGCACACGAGCAUUGUACGCCUUCUCUUGCACACGUACAGGGAAACAAGAACAGUAAAGUGGAUAUGAUAUGGAACUGUUUCGAAGGGACAUCUUAGAUGUCAAAAUACCAGAAUCGUCUUGUAGAAAAAAGCACAAAGCAACCGAUAGCAAACGAAAGCAGCAGUGGAAAGAGGUGGCCCGCGAAGCAGCAAGCGAUAUACAGGAAAGUCGUAAGCCUUUCGAAGAUGCGAUCACAGAGAAAUGGAACAAACUUAGUUUAUUGAACAAUUAUAGCAACGCUUUCUCCAAUAACAAGAUUAUCCACCUUAAAGAUCUACCUCUGGGUUCCUACAACGUCAUGGCCAUGCGGGAGACCCAGACCCAGUUUGGAGACUUUGCUAUUCCAAUAAGUACAUCGAAACAUACAUACGCGGAAACCUGUCGGACGCCGAGAAGGAGAAGAUAA